CACCACGUACAGGAAUGGAAGGGAAGACCAGAAGACAUAACGUGCUAAGUUGUAUUUUGGUUUUGUUUUGUUUAACUCUGCGGAUGAAAGCACAGGCGUGUCAGUCUGGAUCUAAAUGUCCACAGACAGCUCCAUGCUGUAGGAACAGCAAUGGUCAACCACUUCCACCAUCAGAAGGAAUGGAUUGGAUUGAACCAAAAACUGGGUUGUGUUCGUCAAGUCUGGCAAGUGAAAAUGAACCGUGCAGCUCUUCUUGCACAUGUGCACCAGGACUUGAAUGUUACAGACCUCGAACAUGGAUGUGCUGUCCGCCAUUUUCUUGUUACAACGCCACCUGGGUAAAGGAAAUAACAGAAUUUUGGGACAAAUGUUUCGAAGAUCCAGACUGCCCUUUACCACUAUAGGUUGAUUCAUUUACAAUUGGAUUAGCCAAGAAGACUUUGUUUUCAAUACAAUUGUAGCGUUGUUUUUUGUUCAAAGCCUACUUUGCUUAUCAGAGGUUAACAUACCUCAGAGAGCCUUUGACAUGACAAAACUUCAUGCACAAUGUGAUUUCAUUUUAAAUCUACAGAUUUCAAGUCAACAGUAAAUAGCUACUAAAAUGAAGACAAGAUUU